AUGACCUAUGUCCGCCGCAGGCCGGGACUGAUGGUAGAUCAGAGAAGGCCCACGGCAACACGUGACAUUCUCUGGCUCGUGGUCAACGACAUCACUCUAGUCAACAUUUACCGCCAACCGUCGUACGACGAGGCACUUGACAUACUACUCCGAUGGCCAGCACCUGACAGAUGUCUGGUAGCUGGCGAUUUCAACGCCAAACACCACAGCUGGCAAGCCGGCCGCAUCGAAGGUCGCGGUGAGGCUGUAGCUGCAUGGGCGACGGCCAAUGGUCUGAAUCUGCUCAAUCCGGCUGACGUCCCGACAAACCCUCAUGGCAACACGAUAGACCUUGCUUUCUCUAAUAUUGCCUUGGCCGCCGCGGUGGUCGAGGACCACCUCGCUACCAGCUCCGACCACUUCACGCUCAAUAUCACCCUCCCCGAACUCGCCGUAACGCCUCCACCCACUGGAAAGGUCCGUCUCACCUCUGACGAGGAAAUACGACGCUUUAUCGAGAUGGUUGAAAACGGUGUGGCGGCUAUCCAGCCGUCGACCGCAUCCCCUCAAGACCUGGAUUCACUUGCCCUGGCAGUGACUAACCUACUUCAGUUUGCCGCCAAGGCUGCAGGCCGGCCGGUCCGCAAAGGUGCGCGCAGCGCACCCUGGUGGACGGAGGAAUGCGUCUUGGCGGCGGCGGAGUAUCGCGCGCGCCGCUACUGGCGCGACCUCAUUGACAGCUUUACGGACAGCGCAUCCGUCUUCAGGGCAGUCCUGGACGAUGCAGUUUACGAGACCCAGCUGGACAAAGCCAACGCACUGCGACGGGCAACGCUCGAACGCCGCACCUCGCAGGACGACAUCACGGACCCGUGGGUCCCAGUGGAUCCAGUCCGGGACGCAACCCUGCGAACGGGUAACACCUCUCCCGGCUCUGAUAACAUCACUGUCAAGAUGCUCCGUGCCGUUUGGGAAGCGGAAGUGGUUAUGAUCACAAAGCCAGGGCGACGGAACCUGUCAGAGGCCCGCGCCUGGCGGCCGAUCUCGCUCCUCUCUUGCCUUGUCCACUAUGGUGUUUUGCACUCGCAACAAGCCGGCGCACUGCCCAAAAGGUCCGCCGUUGACCUCGUCGCGGCACUAGUCCACGACAUUGAGGAAGCUUUCGCACGCAAGCAGGUGGCCACACUCGUGACGAUGGACAUCGAAGGUGCCUUCGAUACCGUCCUCCGUAACAGACUCAUUCUCCGCCUUCGACACCCGAAAGGACGCUUCGGCUAUGCAGACGACACCGCUAUCCUUUGCGUCGGCAACAAUCUGGAGGAGACUGCCCGCAAAGCGUCAAGACACGUCCACGAACUCAUGGAAUGGGGUACCGAAAAUGCGAUAGCCUUUGACCCCAAGAAGACCGAAGUCAUGCACUUCUCCCGAACGAAGCCGAGAACUGCACCGCCAGUCUUCCAUGGCGAGAUGGAAAAGCGGCCGGAAUGCGCCAUGCGCUGGCUAGGCAUCUGGCUCGACAGCACCCUGUCCUUCAAGACCCACGUCGAGAAGUGGACAGCCAAAGCGCAAAGAGUAGCCCACCACCUCCAGGGAAUGACGAACACCAACCGGGGACCCCUGCCGAGUGCGGUCCGGAGAGCCGUCCGCGCCUGCAUCGAGCCUCAACUCCUCUUCGGAGCAGAGGCAUGGUACCCGGGAAUAAGACACCUCAUCCGGCGAAUGGACAAGUCGCUCCAUACGGCCGUGCGGGCCAUCCUUCCAAUCUGGAAGACCACGCCGCUGAGCGCUAGGCACCGGGAAGCUGGUAUACCGCCAGUUUCGCAACUGCUCGAGUCGUACCGAAUACGCUUCGCGGCCCGCCUCAGGUCCCUCGAUGAAGCACAUCCACUUGUGACGCGAACGAAGCCGAUACGGGCCCCCGCCAUCAACAGGGCCAUCAAGCUCAAGUAUCAGCUUCCACGAAAGCCUUUCCGGACCAGACUGCGUCGCACUGACGAGCUGCUAGCCAGAUGCGCCAGGCCAGAGCUCCUUCCACGCAGAUUCGCCAGCGGCCAGCCCCUGCAAACUGCACCGAAGGAGGAAUCAGCGGCCAACUUCCGCGACUGGCUCCGAGGAGCCGCAGGGUACGGCUAUGCAAUACAUUUGGAUGGACUCACCGUCCUCGAUGGAAACGGGCGCCUGGGUCCCGCUGAAGUCUUCGACGCUGAGGCCAAGGGCGCCCUUGAAGGCCUCCGUGCUGCUCUCGGUCUCCCAGGGCCAGAGCGAAUCGCCGUAUGCCUCGAUAACCUUGCAGUCGCGUCGUGCCUGCGAGGCAUGCCGUCAGACUCGUCCCAGAAUGAGUUCCUGGAAUUCCAGGCCUUGGCCGCAGAACAUGGUGCCACCGAGAUCCGUUGGAUUCCCGGCCAUACCAACAUCCCAGGCAACGAGCAGGCCGACGCCUUAGCUAAGGCGGGAACCUCUCAACCCGAACCGGUAGAUGCUCUCCCGACGCUGGCAUAUCUGCGUAAGGUCGCUCGGCGGCGACCAAAAGACGCGUUUAAAGCCUGGUGGGAAGUGUCUGCACCCCAGCAAUACAAGGUCCUCGACCUUGACGCCACGACUGGCUGCCCGCCAGAACUUACCAUCCCACGACCUCUCCUCCACCACCUGCUCGCAGCAAGAACCCACCAUGGGGACUUCGCUGACUACCAUGAAAGGUUCAACCACGACGACGCACGACUGACGUGCUCUUCGGAUGAGGCUGGCGCCCUCACCGACCGCGGCGGUCAACCGAGCAAUAGGAAGAAAUUUCGACCGGUUCGUCAAGGUGGCGAAGGCAAGCUCGUUCUUCGGGACGAUCUGCCUUCGCCAUUAGGCGGCUGCGCCUCUUCCCUCCUUCCCCGCUUUCCUUUGUGCUGA